ACACCUCAGUUCGUCUUUCAUUUCAGCAUGUUUUCUGUCGAGACUCGAUAGCAGGACUAUAUCUGAAACAGGAGUCACGUUUUAUUUUUUGUAUUACCCAUUCUGUUAGAUUUGGUUAGGUAUAUUUUAAAGUACUGUCUAUGUUUCAGUUCCUAUGCUCAUCUUCAACGUACUAUAAAUAUAUAAAGUAAAUUACUGCUGCUGUAAAUUUUAAUAAAAUUGUAUUGUAUAAACAUGUUUCUUCGAGCUAUCGCGACUCUAGGUAAUAAAAUUGUAAUUUCUCCUCAUCAUAUUGUGCAAAAUGGCGUAUUAUCCUUGCGGGCCAACUUAUCUUUUAACAGACUGCAACUACCGGUAGUCAAAAACACAGUUCUAGCUCUAAGUAGCCGAAACUUUAGUUUACAUGAAAUUCCAGAAGAAAUAGCCUACGUUGAAGAUGCUGAAGACCCGUCAUUUUUUCACAUGGUUGGUUUUUUCUACCACCGUGGUUGGCAGGUUGUAGAAGAUAAACUUGUGGAAGAAUUUAAAGGCAAAUUGAGUUUAGAAGAAAAGAGAAAAAAAGUUCGAGGAUACCUUGGCUUAUUAGGACCGUGCCAUUCUAUUUUAGAGAUAUCAUUUCCAUUAAAAAGGGACAACGGAGAAUAUGAGAUGAUACGAGGUUGGCGUGCUCAGCAUAGCCAACACAGAACACCGUGUAAAGGAGGUAUUCGUUACAGCUCAGAUGUUAGUGUGGAUGAAGUGAAAGCCUUAUCUGCCUUGAUGACUUUCAAGUGUGCUGUAGUGGAUGUUCCUUUUGGAGGUGGUAAAGCAGGCCUUAAAAUAAAUCCCAAAGAAUAUAGUGAAUUUGAAUUAGAAAAGAUUACAAGAAACUUUGCAUUAAUGCUUGCAAAAAAAGGAUUUCUUGGACCUGGCAUUGAUGUUCCAGCACCUGAUAUGGGAACUGGAGAACGGGAAAUGAGCUGGAUUGCAGACACAUUUGGAUCAACAAUUGGUCAUGCUGACUUAAAUGCUUAUGCCUGUGUGACAGGAAAACCAAUCAAUCAAGGGGGUAUUCAUGGAAGAAUAUCAGCUACUGGAAGGGGGGUAUUUCAUGGAAUUGACAACUUUAUAAAUGAAGCCAGUUAUAUGAGUAUGAUUGGUACCACACCAGGAUGGGGUGGAAAAACUUUCAUUGUGCAAGGAUUUGGCAAUGUGGGUCUGCAUACCAUGCGUUAUCUUCAUCGUGCUGGGGCUCGCUGUGUAGGGGUAAUGGAAGUUGAUGGCUGUAUUUUUAAUGACAAUGGUAUUAACCCUCGAGAACUAGAAGACUGGAAAUUGGCAAAUGGCACAAUAGUAGGUUUCCCUGGGGCUGAAGCUUACACUGGAGAGAACAUGCUCUUUGAACCAUGUGACAUUCUAAUACCUGCUGCAAUAGAAAAAUCCAUCACAAAAAGUAAUGCUCACAUGCUUAAAUGUAAGAUUAUUGCAGAAGCUGCUAAUGGUCCUAUAACUCCUGCAGCUGAUAAAUUACUUAUUGAACGCAACAUACUGGUUAUCCCUGACCUGUAUAUUAAUGCCGGUGGUGUCACUGUGUCAUAUUUUGAGUGGUUGAAGAAUUUAAAUCAUGUUAGUUAUGGGAGACUUCUAUUCAAAUAUGAAAGAGAAUCCAAUUAUCAUUUACUAGCUAGUGUACAGGAAUCUUUAGAACGAAGGUUUGGACGAAGUGGGGGAAGAAUUCCAGUUAUACCCAGUGAAUCAUUCCAGAAACGUAUUGCUGGUGCAUCAGAAAAGGACAUUGUACACUCUGGUCUAGAUUACACCAUGGAGAGGUCAGCUAGGGCAAUUAUGAGAACAGCAAUGAAGUACAACUUGGGUUUGGACUUACGUACAGCAGCAUAUGUUAAUUCUAUUGAGAAAAUCUAUUCGACUUAUGUGGCUGCAGGACUUACUUUUACCUAAAUUUAUUUGUUGUAUUGACUUCUAAUUUGUUGUGUAUUUGUAAUAU